CACCACUAGAAAAUGGUUGGUUCAUUUAAAUGAUCCUUCCCAUGUAAGAGUUGAUCUUUGGUUUCCAAUCGUCGAACAUUACACUCCUUCGAGCUUCUUCUUCCAAUGCUAAUGACAACCCCUACAAGAAGGUUAGAAGGAAAGGUGGCAUUGAUAACGGGAGCAGCAAGUGGUGUUGGGAAAUGUACAGCAAAGCUCUUUGCAGAACAUGGUGCAAAAGUCGUCAUUGCCGACAUCCAAGAUCAACUCGGUCAAGCAGUAUGUGAAGCCAUAGGCUCAUCAAGCUCGAUAUAUGUCCAUUGUGAUGUAUCAAUUGAAGAAGAUGUCAAAAACGCGGUAGAUAUUGCAGUAGCAACUUAUGGGAAACUUGACAUCAUGUUCAAUAAUGCAGCAACACUUGAUCCUAGCAAGUACCGGAUCAUUGACAAUGAAAAAACAGAGUUUGAACGUGUGCUUAGUGUCAACGUCACAGGCGUCUUUCUAGGGAUGAAACAUGCUGCUAGGGUUAUGGUUCCAGCAAGAGCUGGCUCAAUAAUAUCAACAGGUAGUGUUGCUUCGAAUAUCGGUGGUGUGGCCUCACAUGCUUACUGUUGUGCGAAGCAUGCUGUAGUAGGUUUGACAAAAAAUGUGGCAGUAGAGCUUGGACAAUUUGGUAUUCGAGUUAACUGUGUGUCACCUUAUGCGAUGGCUACACCAAUAGCCACAAGUUUUGUUGGGCUUGAGGGGGAGGCUUUCGAGAACCUGGUAAACUCACUUGCGAACCUUAAGGGUGUGACAUGUGUUACCGAUGAUGUUGCUAAAGCUGCCCUUUUUUUGGCGAGCGAUGAGGCUAAGUACAUUAGUGGACAUAAUUUGUUUAUCGAUGGUGGAUUUACUAUUGUUAAUCCAUCAUUCAACAUGUUUCAAUAUCCAGAGGAUUCUUAAGUUUGAGAUAUUUCAUCAUUAUUUAUGUUUUUUAGUAUCACAAACAUAUAAGGCGU